AUGGCUCUGUCCGAAGACUUUGCUUCCUCAUAUGCCAGUGUCGGUCUCAACAACAUUAUUGCUAGAGAGACUCGAGUUGAGGCUCAACCUGUUGACUCGCAGUCGCCGGUCGACAGUCUAACAUCCCAGCGGUUCAGGCUCUAUAAUCCUUGGCCGGUCCUGAAAAAGACAGUCUCGCAAGGGAGCCUGGUCAAGGGAGCCGGGAUGACUCGCAAAACCAGCGAAGACAACCAGAACAUUUCAUUUCCAUUCUCUACCUUUCAGUGUUCGACCUCCAAGUUGAGACCCUCUUUAGCCAAACGAGAAAUCGGAUUCCCAAGAUUUGCUAGAGGAAUCAUGUCCACCAUCCACCACCCUCGAAUGGAUUCUCCAACUAUCCCAGGGAUAUUUCCUCUCCAAGAAAGGGCAUAUAGUGUCCCCAAUGAUGCAGAUACUUCCUUUUUGUCAGUGAAAACUGCACCUGUUUCGGAGCCCAGUAUCUUGUUACCGGGUAGAGAUGAAGAUCUCCAAGCGGCAGCUGCUGCCAUAAAUGACAGGUUAAACGCCACUGCUAGAACAUCCUCGUCGCCGGAUGUUUCACAGUGGCCUCCGAGGCAAAGCAGUUAUGGCGACAAUGAAGAGAAGCCACCGGUGCCACCAAAGUCGCCUAGUUUGACCCUCCGCCUUGCAACGGUCCAACAAGCACGACUAAUAGCUUCGAAAUACAAUCCGUCUUCUAGCAAAACCAGCCUAAAGCUCGAUACAAACGUCAACACGAACAACAGAGGGCACAUCACCGAUCAAAAACGCCGUCCGGGAAAUCACUCUCGAGCAUCUACUGCCCUGGGCAUUUUCCCACCUGUGCCCAGAACUUCUCAGUCUCACCAGAGAAGUGAGAGCGCAUAUAGCCAUUUCUCGUCUACAAAGCCAAGCCUCCAUCGAAAGCCCGUUGCCCGGGAAGGGAAGGUAACAGGCUCGUCAAUAAUAAACCGUGGACGGCCGAAUAAACCCCGCAAUAAUCAGCUAGGAACUCUCUUAAAACAGCCUACUGCUGUAGAGCAGGGGCUCGUUGCACCGCUCCCUUCUGGAUUUGACGUGGCCGAUGCAAAAGAGCAGUUCCCCUCGUCUGAGGUGGACAUACUACAGCGUCAGGCGAGAAGCCAAGCACAAAGGUUCAAGGUUUUGAAAUAUAGUGAUGUUAGGCUAUUAUCUCUGGAACUCCGAGUGUUUGACGAACGAUAUGAAUAUCUUCGCAACACACACAAAACCCUCCGAUUAGGGCGCAGUCAUCUCCACGAACGAAUGAUAGCCUUUCUUCGUUCGCCGCGGGCGACGACAAACUUUCGCGACAUCAUACUGAGACAAGAAAAAGCCCUAGCAGAGCUUGACCACACCAUCGAUGAAUGGUAUCUCAAGCUCGAGCAGGUUGAGAACAGGAGAAGCCGUGUUCGCCAAAAGCUUUUGGAGCAUAUUGCUGGAUCGCUGAUGAUGACCGCUCCCUAUCCUUCUUCUUCUUCUCCUUCUGCACAGCUACAACAACAGACCACGCCACCCCAAAGUCCUACUAUUCCAGACUCAGAAAUAGCAAGAGAAUCCAUCAAAAUCUACGCCGAGUCUGGAGUCUACGCUGAUGCCGAUAUUGAGGACCUGCUUGCUGAAAUUGAGCGACAAAUGGAAGAGAUGAAUUCAUCCCGAGAGCAGUCGCCUUGCACGGACAAUUCCCUCGCUGCCUGGGCCUCAAUUUGA